ACCUCAUUACAAGCUCUCACCAGGUGCUCUCCACCUCUAUCAUCUGAAGGCAAACACCUCAGACAGUUCAGCUUCUAGUGUCUGGGAGUGUUCCGCUGAGUGUUUGCAGAUUUCAUUUCAUCUGAGGGCGCUUUAAGAGAACUGCUUCUCCGUAUCUGCUGAUCUGUCAGCCGGCUGCAUCAUCCUGCUGCAACUCCUGGCGGGACGACAGCGGGGCAGAUCCCAGCGCUGGCCGCUGCACCCGAGGAAGUCAACUCAAGAUAAACUAUCAAUAAUCGGAGCUAAAGAUGCGCCCUCAGCAUCCUGGAUUACGCAGGUGUAAAAAGGUGACCGGACUGAGCUGAUGAGGAAGUAAGAGAACGAUUUUUUUCUUCCCGGAUCGUGUCUGAUGUGUUUUAGAUUAUGGCCGAGCAGAAACCAGCUCUGUUUCCGGGCUUUGCGGGAUGGGCAGCUUGUCUUGGCACACUGCUGCUGCUGCUGCUGCUGCUGUAGUCAGCGCUGACAUCCUGCUCUGUGGUUCGGCCGGUUCAGCUGGUUAGGAGGAAGCAGCUGCGGUUUGAACAAGGGAGAGUGUGCAGCAGAGCUCAGCAUGUCCGGAUGCAGCGAGCUGAGCCUGAGGGAGCUGCCCAUGGAGAGCUGGAUGUCUCACCUGCCAUGUGCUCUGUGGGACACCCCGCUGUACCACCUGGCCAUCCCGGGCAGCCACAAUGCAAUAACCUACUGCCUGGAUAUGAACGACAGAUCUCCGGUUGACCCCAUGCAGCCAGACAUGCUUCAAAAGCUGGAUAAAUACAUGAAGCCCCUCAUACGUCCUUUUGUGUACAAGUGGGCAAUAACGCAAGAGUUUACUAUAAAGCAGCAGCUGGACUGUGGGGUUAGAUACUGUGACCUGAGAAUUGCACACAGACCCAACGACCCCUCCACUGACCUGUACUUCUACCACGGUGUUUACACCACGCUCACUGUCGAGACCAUCCUAACGGAGAUAAAGGAAUGGCUGGAUGCUCAUCCCAGGGAGGUGGCGAUCCUGUCCUUCAGCCACUUCCUCGGCCUGAGCCAGGAGCUCCACAUUUGGCUGCUCACAACCAUACGCAACAUUUUCACCUCCAAACUCUGCCCCAAAACGGAGGAGCUAACUCUGCGAAAUCUGUGGGCUUUGGGCUACCAGGUGAUUGUUUCCUAUGAACACAAUAUUUCUAGCUCUCACAGUGACUUAUGGCCUCAUAUUCCUUACUGGUGGGCCAACAAGUGUAAAGCUGAGGCUCUCAUCGAGGAGUUUGAGGAAAGAAAACAACAUGGCCGACCAGGUGGUUUCUUUGUCACUGGGAUUAAUCUGACGGAGGACCUGAAGUACAUCUGCACGCACCCCACGGAGUCCCUGAAGGACCUGGUGAUGUCCACGUACCCGGCGCUGCUCAGCUGGGUCAAAGAGCAGACCCCCGGCUCCAGAGUCGGCUCUCUCAACAUCAUAGCCGGGGACUUCAUCACAGAAAGACACUUUGCGCCCACUAUCGUUACGCUGAAUGAGAAGCUACUGAAAUGGCCCUCUUGACUUCAGAACAAAAGGCAUUAAUAAUCUGCAAAAGCACGAAAUCUAAGCAUGAAAGUUGUACAAGUUUGUUUUGAUCAGCGUGAUGAAGGCAUAUUUUACCACUUGAAUUAUUUAUUUGACCAUAAAUGGACUCAGCAGAUUCAGAGCUGCUUGGAAAGCAGACUUUUCGAUGUGUUGACACCAACUUCUUUGUUUACAUUCACCUCACUCUUUAUGCAAUGUUCUGUAUCAGUUUUCACAAGUCAGUGGUGGUUUGAUGGCGUGCUGACCAAAGCAAUAACGAUACAACUGAACUCACCCCAUUGUAGGCAUAUUAAAUGAGGAAGCACAAACACUGUUCUUUCUCAGUGAGCACACGUGAGGUAAUAUAGAAGAUAAGGUUUGUCAAUAUUUAUGCUGGCAGUAACUUCAAGGAGCAACUCUAUCCUCUGCAAAACCUGGUUUGAGCCACAGAAUAUAGAAACUGUUUAUGCAGGUUUAUGCAAAAUGCAUGAAAAUAUUUUAUUUGCAUGAACCCAGCAUUGAUUGUUCUGUUAAAAAUAGUUUUUAACCUCUAGCAAAGGCCUUGCGUUAAAGAUUAAUGAUGCACCGCUGUGCCUGUGAAGAUUAGCUUUUUGAAUUGAAUGGAAAUACACUUUUAAUAAUCGUAAAAUAAACAUUCGGUUCUUGUAUAGGUACUGGAAAAAUAAAAAAAGAUUAAAAUCAGUUUUUGGAAUGCAGAUUCUUUUUUUUUUAAAUAACGAGAAAGUAAAAUUUUCUUAUCAAAAACGUAAUUUCCAGAAAAGUUGGAAAUAUUUAGGACGUUUUACUUUACUGACCAACGAUACUGUAUUUUUUUUAAGUUAAACAAUCUAUAAUUGUACAAAACUACCAUCGUUUUAUUUACCCAAAAGUCUAGCUAGGGACAGACAUUGCAAAAUAGCUUCAGCUAUAAAUGUUAAGGUGUAUGGCAUUGGUUAGUAUUUGUCCCUAUACAAAUAAAUAAAUUCAAUUUAAGAAAACAGUGUGAAGGGAGCAAAACCAUAAUAUAAUUAGAGGCGUCUUCUGGCCAGCCAGGCUUAUGUAUUUUAAUUGAUGAAUUCAAUAAAGGAAAUAAGGUUUGAUGAAAUAUUUACUUAUUUAUUUGUAUUAACAUGCAAUCUUUUUUAUCCUUCAAUUUUAUUUCGUUUAUUUAUAUGGUGCCAGAUUCCUACAAAUGUCAUCUUAAGGCACUUCUACAAAAUAAACAUCCAUUUUAUAUACAAAAGUAUAUAAUCACACCCGUCCAAUCCUAUAGACAUAUUUAUAUAUAAUUUGAUACGUAUUCAUUGCUAAAUGUAACACACUACGAUCAAAUUCAUCUUAUAAUGCCAACUGGUAAAAAAAAAGAUCUAUGUAAGGAAGCCAAGCCAACUGCAUCAGGUCAUUGACUCUGCAGCAAUCUGUCAUCCUGAGGAGAUGUGUGGCA